UAUGUGUUGGUGGUCCGGGUAUGCAUCUUUCCAACACAUAAAGCUCUUGUUUGAGUUGACCCUACCUUUAAACUCGAUAUCCUACCAGAUUGUCAGGCUUGGUUGAUAUACCAUUUAUAUCAGUUCAGUUAAUGAUACAUUACUUAUAUUAGUUUUAUUAACAGUAUCGCCACUGGGAACCGAUUCAUUGUGAGAUAAGCAUAAUGCUCAUUAUGUUCGGUGCUGUGUGAGUUCUCCAAAGGUGUUGGCUGGUUGGGCUGUUCCUGCUCCAUUCCUGUUUCCAUCAGUUGUGUAGAUGAGAGAGAGAGAGAAAAAAAAAAGUGGCAGGUUGAUUGAAUGUGCCAUGUUAUCAGGGUUGGAGUUAUUGGUAUGGCUGGCUAAACUUGAAACAUGUAGUGGAGGUGUUGAUAUCUCUCCUUUUUAAACUGCUACUGAUUACACUGUACUGUGAGACUGGUUCUUGAGCGGAGACAUGAGCGGAGGCCUGUGAUGGCUGGCAAGCAUAUCAGCGUGGCCACAUGGCUGGAGGCUCUGGGACUACUGGAGUACCUGCCGCUAUUCAGAGCCUAUGGUGGAGUUGAGGAACUGCUGAAUAUUCAUGAAGCAGAGGUCCGCCAGCUAGGAGUGAAAAACAGUGCUCACCGUGCUAAGAUCAUCUCCAGUCUGCGCAUCCUGCGGGACAAGUAUCAGAAAGGCAAACACACACACCACAUCGACCAUCUUCGAAAAGAAAAAUAUGAAUAUUACCCAGCCAGCCCUCAAAUUUCACCGCCCUCUCCGUUCAUCCACCCUGACUACCAGCUCGUGGGAGUUCCCCCAGAGAGACUCGCAGUUGAUCUGAACAACGAGCUGCACGCUGACCCCUCCGAACUUAAGAGUCGACCCUGGUACCAUGGCAACAUCUCGCGACAGCACGCCGAGGGCUUGGUGCUCAAUGAUGGCGACUAUUUGGUGCGAGACUGCAUAUCUCGCCCCGGGGACUUCGUGUUGACGUGCUGUUGGAGAGGGACCCCGUUACAUUUCAUGAUAAACGCUUUCGUUGGCGACAGCUUGCUAGGGUCACUGCCGAAGAUAACGUAUCAGUUUGAGGAGGAAUCAUUCAACAGUAUUCAGGACUUGAUUCUGUACUACGAGACCAACCAGAAAUCGGUGACAUCAUCAUCGGCGGCUGUUUUAAAACACCCGGUGCCACGGUCGAUGCCGCUGAGUUAUUAUGAUGCUAAAUAUGGUGCUCUCCUUGGGUUUGCAUCAAUAGGACAUUACUCGGUGCAGCCCAGUCCUCGAAAUAGUCCGGUGACAACCCCGACGGGAAGUCCGUCUGGCAGUCCGAAAAUGAAUCGGAGAACGCCUAGACGAGCGGGAAGUCAACCAUUGUUGUCGCUUGACGAUGACGAUAACAUCGAUCGCAGUCGGUCGCCGUCUAUAGACCGGUACGACAGUCUGCCUAUGAUAAACACGCCCAGAUCCGAACCAGCUGGGAAGAAGAAGGUUCAUGUUUAUCACCAGAGGAGUGGCAGUGCUCCCGUGACUCCGUCUUCAGGGGGAACAACUCCAGUUAUUAUGCUGACACCCGCCGGGUCGGAGACCAGCUUGCAUAAAGCUCCGCCUCCCAAGCCGAGCAGAAUCCCGUCUAUAAAAUACAAACGGAAACCGGUCGUGGUCGUACGAAGGGAGAUAAGCGAGGAGGACGGCCGUGAUUACACGGAUUACUCACAGGUGAAGGAAGAUCCCAGCUGGCUGAAGAAAGAGUUGGGCGCCAGUUCAGAAAAAAGAUUUCCUGUUGGCAACAGCAGCAGUAGGCAGCAAAACAUUUAUGACAACAAUUUCAAUAAACUGUCACAGAACUAUAAUGUCAGUUCGUCCACAGUGGCUGCUGGCUCUAGUGUGUUAGCUAAAAGUCCACGAGAACGGCUUUUUUCUGAUACUAGAUUUUCUGUAAUUGACCAAAGAAGUCCAGAGUCGCCUAAAGAAAAUGCUGUAGACGAAUAUGAAACGAGUAGUAUUAUAUAUGACCUUCAUCAUUUGAAAACUAGGAAGAUCACAAUACCGCACAUAAAAUCAAAACUGAGUGUAAACCUCGCAGACUUUACUUCGACCAUGAUAGCAAAAGAUAACAAACCUUUGGAGGCAUCUUCAUUGAUUGCUGUGAAAUCGUAUCUUUUGGAGGAAAACGUUAAAAACUUAGCUCAGCAUAUAACCAAGGUAGAUCUAGAGGUACUGCAAGUAUUACUUGAACAAGAUUUAGGUGUUGGUGUUCAGUCUGGAUUGGAAUUAAUUACCCUACCACAUGGGAAGCAACUCCGACAGUAUAUUAUUGAAAGGUGUCACUGUAUGAAACUGAUCGUCAUGGUUACCAUUCUGACAUGCAGUUCCGUGAUAGAGCGAGCCAAGAUGUUGAGUCAGUGGAUUGAGACUGCCAGGGAACUGAAACAGACGAUGGGAAACCUAUUUGGCUUUACCAACGUCAUGGAGGGUCUGCUGUCAGAUAAGAUCCAGCGCUUGUCAAACACACUGUUGAUGCUCCGCAAAAACCACACCAACAGUGCCUACACCCUGGACACCAAACUGCGGCCGGCUUUCCACAGCAUGAAUGAUGGCACGAGCGAGCUUCCCUUGCAGAACGUCAGCAUCCCCCACAUCGGCCCCAUCGUGCACCUGCUGGAACGCGACCUGGACGACGUGCUGUCCUUGAUGUCCUGGGAGGAGGAAGACUCCAACUACGGCCUCGACAUCAUGCUGUCGCACCUCGAUGUCGCACGCAUCAUCGCGUCACAGUUCGGGCUGUACAGAAUCAACGGGAGCUCAGUGCUGAGUGAGAUGAAGGAGAACCCGGAGCUGGUUGACGUGUUUCGGACAGAGUUCCACAUGCGCUUGUUGUGGGGCAUGAAAGGAUGCGGCGUCAACCGCAGGGACCGCCACACCAAGUUUGAACAGUUGUUGAUGAUUCUGUCUAAUCGGGCGGAACCGCCCAAUGAUGAGGGCACGGCAGUGUAAAGUUAUAUACAAUUCAGGCCCCAUAUUUUUUCAAAGCCGUCUUAGGGCUAUGAAAAUCGUAAAACCAUAUAAUCUGUGAUGUCACUAUGCAACCCUUUACAUAGCGACCGAUUUGGUCGCCUUUUUUUUUUCAUUUGGUAACUAAAACAUUUUAUACUAUCUAUAUAAAAAGAAAAGUAGGCACCAUCUGGCUUCUAGAUGAAAAAGUUAAUGUAGAGGACUGCUAUGAUGUUUGCUGUAGUGACAUCACAGCCUAUGAUGGUUUUAUGAUUUCGUAGCACUAAGCUAAGAUAGCUUCGAAAAUCAGGUCUCAUUUUUCAUCCCAUUUGGAUUCGAACAACAUUGCAUUGUCGCAGGAAUCCACAAGAAUUCAAUUGGUUUUCAUGGAUGUGCUAAGUGACUAAUUAAUCAAGAAGAUGAUUCUAAUAAAUAUUAUAAUAAAUAUUAUCUGGAAAUAAAAAUACAUGUACAUUUAGAUAUUGCCUGAAGACUACAUGUCGGACUAACUGAUAAAUAUGUGUAAACUAUCACUGCUGCUACCUGAUUCAGUGCAUUAUCGGAAUUGAAUCAUGUUCCUGUGGUUUUUAUUUACAGAAAUAUCAGACAUGGACUCUUAGAUUCUUAUUAAAAACCAACCCUGUAGUUGUUACUGUAUACUAAUAUACAUUGUUUCAAAGUGUCUAGUCAGAUGUAUUGCGAUUUGUCGACGGUUUCUAGUGCAUGAUCUGCCAGCAUUGCAAGUAAAGGUGAAGCAUGUCAUGUUGAACGUAUUUGCUCACUGUCCAGCCGGUGAUCAACCUAUUUACCUUUCUGUCUUGGAUAGAAUCUCUGGUGAUGGUAUCCAUGGUAGAUGUGUUUGAACCUUUACGGAAAUGUAACUCAUUAAUUGACUGGUUUUGGUUUUGCUUUUCUCAGAUGACAGAAAAGAUAUUGAAGGUGGUGCUAAUUUGCUCAAUAAAUACAGUGAAACCCCUUAAACCAGAAAUUCUUCAAAACCAAACAUUGUUCAUGGUUACUUUUUAUAUAUCAAUACAGAACUUAACCCCUCUAAAUCAGAUACCUCUUGAAACAAGACUUUUCACUUGGUUCCAUGGGCGUCUGGUUUAGAGGAUUUCACAGUAUAUUAUUGGGACUGUUUCAGAAAGGACAACUUAUUGUUGAGGGACAUGUAUCUGCUUUUAACUAUUCCAUACAACUUAUUUGCAUUUUUUUCAAUUCCAAGUAACCCAUCAAGAAUAAAAUAUAAUUUCAGUGCCUUCUACAUGCCCCCACACUCGCGUGAUACGGAGUAGCUCAUACUGAUAUUCAUUAUGAAGUUUGACACAUAUAUAUAAGUACAAAUUGUUGUUUUUUCUGCUGUACAUAUGAGGGCACUAGCUACUGUUUCAAUUUGAGAUACUUAUUUGUGAAUAUAAAAUGCACAUGAGGCAAUUUUCCAGAUAAAGAAAAUUAUAAAAAUAUUUUGGAA